UUAGUGCAGAGGUAGCUCCUUGACGUCACGGCUGGAUGUGGGCAUGCGCGGUGAAGAACGUCUACCCCGUGGUUUUAUGAAAGACAAAAAUCCCUCCAUGGGCUGAGCGUAGUGUGGCAGGCGUUUAAAAACCAGUCUGUUCAAGAGCAAGAGCUUGUGUCAGGAGAACCUGGCUUGAAGACGGUCUCCUCUCUUCAACACAGCCCGUUUCUCUAUUCUCCUGCUUUGCCCCCCGCCUCCCUCCUCUCCGCGCACCGCUUCAACAACACACAACCACGGGGACGAGCCAGCAGACGUAACGCUAGUCGAGAAGGGAAGUGGGCUUCGUCUUGUCUUUCAUCAGGCAGCAGGUGAGGCACUCCUGGACAAUGUAAUCGGACUGAAGGAUUCAUCUGCAGUUUUCACAUCAGAGCGAGACAGAGGAGGGACAGAGAGAGAGGAGGAAGAAGAGGAGGGGGAGGACAACAAAGACGCAAGGAUGGGCGUGGGGAAGAAUACCACCUCCAAGUCGAUGGACAGCAGCAGUGAGGGAGGAAAAUAUGAAGAGGAGAGCAAGCAUGGGGCAGACUUCUACCCAAUCCCGGUCGUGGUCAACGGAGUGGGCGGGGCCAGUGGAGACCAAGAUACUGAAAACACAGAGCUGAUGGCCAUCUACACUAAAGAAAACCAAGGAGCAGAAAAGAGCUCAAUGUCUGAGACGUUAGACAGCACAGACAGCAUGGACGCCAGGAGGAUGGAUAUGAUCUAUACCAUUGAAGACACUCCACCCUGGUACCUGUGUGUGUUUUUGGGCCUACAGCACUACUUGACAUGCUUCAGUGGGACCAUCGCAGUGCCGUUUCUCCUCGCCGAAGCCAUGUGCGUCGGCUUCGAUCAGUGGGCCACAAGUCAGCUCAUAGGGACUAUCUUCUUCUGCGUGGGGAUCACCACCCUGCUACAGACCACACUGGGCUGCAGGUUGCCUUUAUUCCAGGCCAGUGCUUUUGCCUUCCUCGCACCAGCCCGAGCCAUCCUCUCACUAGACAAAUGGAAGUGUAACAGCACAGAGAUCCCAGUGUUUAACAGCACAGAGCUCUACCACACAGAGCACAUCUGGCACCCCAGGAUACGAGAGAUCCAAGGGGCCAUCAUUGUGUCCUCUCUGAUCGAGGUGUGUAUCGGAGCACUGGGUCUGCCUGGGCUCCUCCUGAAGUACAUUGGACCUCUAACCAUCACCCCCACUGUGGCCCUAAUCGGCCUGUCCGGUUUCCAGGCUGCAGGAGAGAGGGCUGGAAAACACUGGGGCAUUGCUAUGCUGACUAUCUUUUUGGUGCUGCUCUUCUCACAGUAUGCUAGAAACGUUCACUUCCCUCUGCCGGUCUACAAAGCCAAGAAAGGCUGGACUUCCUAUAGGCUGCAGGUCUUCAAAAUGUUUCCUAUCAUCAUGGCCAUCCUGGUGUCAUGGCUGCUGUGUUUCAUUUUUACUGUUACGGACGUUUUCCCGCCAGAAAAGGACAAAUACGGCUUCUAUGCCCGCACUGACGCACGUCAAGGAAUCCUGAAGGCUGCACCGUGGUUUAAGAUCCCAUAUCCCUUCCAGUGGGGUCUUCCUACAGUCACAGCUGCGGGUGUGAUCGGCAUGAUGAGCGCGGUUGUGGCGAGCAUCAUUGAAUCUAUUGGAGAUUACUACGCCUGUGCACGUCUCUCCUGUGCUCCUCCACCCCCGAUCCAUGCCAUCAAUAGGGGGAUAUUUGUAGAAGGCAUUUCCUGUGUUCUGGACGGUCUUUUCGGGACAGGAAAUGGCUCCACCUCCUCCAGUCCGAAUAUAGGAGUCCUGGGGAUUACAAAGGUUGGCAGCAGGCGUGUGAUUCAGUAUGGGGCUGCCAUGAUGCUGCUGCUGGGGCUCAUUGGUAAAUUCAGUGCCCUGUUUGCAUCUCUACCUGACCCUGUGCUGGGAGCUCUGUUCUGCACCCUGUUCGGUAUGAUCACAGCGGUGGGACUGUCCAACCUGCAGUUUGUCGACCUCAACUCCUCCAGGAACCUCUUUGUUCUGGGUUUCUCCAUCUUCUUCGGUCUGAUGCUGCCGAGCUACCUCAAACAGAACCCCCUGGUCACAGGCAUAGUUGAGAUUGACCAAGUGUUGAAUGUGCUGCUCACCACUGCCAUGUUUGUUGGAGGCUCUGUGGCCUUCAUUUUGGACAAUACUAUUCCUGGCACUGCUGAAGAACGAGGCAUCAGGAAGCUGAAACGAGGCAUUGGUCUCAGUUCAUCAGAACUUGAAGGAAUGAGGUCUUAUGAUCUUCCCUUUGGAAUGGACUUUAUCAACAGACAUCCCAUUUUCAAGUACAUCCCCAUCAGCCCCGCCUUCACGGGCUACCAGUUUGGGAGGCUACGGGAAGCCUGCAGGAGCAGAACAGGACACAGGGAUUCAGUGAAGGGCGGAGGAAUCGGAGGGGAGGGAGGUACAGCAGCAGGGGAGAGCCGGGUAUAGCCAGCAGGCUGCUGCUGAAAAAAAUCCUCAAAGUGGCUGGAUUUGGGGAGCAAGGGAUGGUACACUAAGAUAAAAGGAUGGGAGAGUGGAGGACAGGAGCGGUGCAGCAGUCAAGAUUGUGUGGAAGAAAAUGUGAUGCACCUAACCCCCCCAACCCCCCACCCACCCUACAGUGUGUGUUUUCUUUAGCUUGUGUCAGUCUUUUCCCCACUUCCCACUAUGCUAUUUAAAGCAUGCUCUACAGCAAGUCACAGCAUGCUAUAGAAGAUGUCACCGCAGGGAGGUUGGUUGGUGUGUGUUCAUGUGUGUGCACAAAGAAAAAAUGAGUUUUUGCAUUAAUUUAUUUGCACUUUAAUCCAGAUCGAUCUGAAAACCAUCAAACUAAAUGUUUGAUGAUCACUGCGAACAUAUACUGCCCAAAACCUAUUCUACUAAAAGCACAGUAGAUUUUAUUAUGUCAAUUGGGGAUUAUGCAGAUUUUCUUCUAUGAAUUAUUCUCCUUUAGAUUCUUAUGCAACCAAGGUAGACGCACACACGCACACACACCGAAAGCCUCACCAGAAGUAGCUUGAGCGCUCCGAUGCACGUCAGGGUGAUGCAGAUAGAUGGAAGUGGUUUGUCAGGUGCCCUUACUCAUGCAAAGUGAUUGUGAAAUUUAUUUUUGCACUAUCUGCCUCUUGAGUUCUAAAUCAGAAUGUCACUCCACAGCUCACGUUCCCCCUGAUUCUUCCAUGAAACUCCUCAGAGACCUGUUAACCAGCACAUCACACCCACCCAUCUCAUACUGAACGUCACAUUUCCUAUUUCAGUCGUGUAGUAGAGUGCUGAAAACACAAGCUCUCAAACAUUACAUCCCAGUUUACAGCCCAUAAUGUUUGAGCAUUAUGCAUCAGUUACAACAAGACUGAGUCUUUAUUUUAUUGAUGCACCCCUUUUAUAUCCCGGCAAAUGGGACUCCACUUGUUUUACUUGAUUAUGAUUCAAAAUUGAUUUUUGCAAGAUAUUCAUUCUUAUUUCAAAGUUCAAUGUUACCAUCUCCUCUUUGACACACUGGAACUGACAUAACAUUACAGGCUUUCACUAAUGCCUCCACUUUCCUGAUGACAGCAGUGCAUUUAACACAUUAAUGGCACACAGUAACACAGACGUGGCCUUUUCCAGAGAGAACUUGUGUACAUAUUAAACAUUUGCAUAACUUGAAUCACUA